AUGGGAACACCAAGUGACGAGCUCCCUCCACCUCAAUUUACUCAUCCAAAUUAUUCCAACAACGGAGUCUUUGACUCGGACGAUGAGGGGACCCUCUCGAACGAAUACGAUCGGCCAGAACGAGUCCCUACAAUUGAUCAGCAGGGAUUUCUAGGGGGCAAGACAUCUCAUUCGCAAUCAAAGGAGCAGGAGAUCAGAUUAGAAGAUGACUUGGCCAUGCUACAAGCCGAGAGGGUGGUGUCACGUUCUCAGAGUCACGGUCCGGAGGGUCUCCAUCGAUCCACGACUGUACACCGUUCGAGGUCUCGCCCGGAACCGAUUGACCAGUUCGAUGUCAAUACCAACCCAAUCCAUGAGAAAACCUCUGGUUUCCGACCGCCUGAGAACCCGACCGGACGAGUCGCAAAGACCUUCAAGAGGAUACACGACGCGAGUUUUCUGGUACGAUACUUCUGCUAUAUCGUACCGAUCGUGGUGCUCAUCUUAAUCCCUCUGCUAUUGGGAGCCCUGGUCUUCAGAAAAUCCACUGUUGGCGGUGUGCGUUUGCUGUGGUUCUGCGUAUGGCUUGAGAUAGUCUGGCUCACCCUUUGGGCCGGUCGAAUUCUGGCUCAGGCAUUGCCUUGGCCGGUGGGCCUUCUUUCCAGCUUAGCCACAAACAAUGAUAAGAAAUGGAGGGACAUGUGCAAGCAAUUGGAGCUGCCGGCCACGCUGUUCUUCUGGCAGUUGGGAGUCUUAAUAUCCUUCCUCCCUGUCAUGAUUCAUCACCAUCUCGAAGGUGGUCCAAAGAUGCUUCACUGGGAGGGUGUCAUGAACAAGGUCCUAGUCUCGAUCUUCGUUGGAGCUACAAUUAAUUUCGCUGAAAAAAUCAUCAUUCAGCUCAUUGCCAUCAGCUUUCAUCUUCGCACAUAUGCUGAUCGUAUUGACAUCAACAAAUUCCAAAUUGGCAGUCUAACCAAGUUAUACGAGUAUUCCAAGGAGAAGAUAGCAAUGGAGGACUCAGAUUUCGAAGAACAUACCCCGCUAGCACCCGGAUCAGGGACACGAACACCGAUGCAAAUGCUUGACCAAGCACAGAAGAAGACUCGGAGCGCGUUUGGCAAGGUUGGUGAUGCGGCUGGGAAAGUUGCGGGCGACUUUACCGGCAAGGCUGUCACUAAAAGCACACAUCCAUGUCAGCUUGUGUUGCUACUACUAUCUUCCCCACAGCAAUCUCAAGUGCUUGCAAGACGGCUUUAUAGGACUUUCGCCCCGGAUGAUGCCGAGACUAUCACAGCUGAAGAGCUCAAAAAUGCCUUUGAUAAUGACGAAGAGGCUGACAGUGCGUUUGCUAUGUUUGACAAAGACAUGAAUGGCGAUAUAUCCAUGACCGAAUUAGAAGCUGUCUGUGUUGAAAUCGGCAAAGAACGCAAAGCGAUAACGGCAUCUCUGAAAGAUUUGGAUUCGGUGGUCGCGAAAUUGGACGCAGUACUUUCAUUCUUUGUGUUCGUUGCAACCGUUUUGGUGCUCAUCUCCCUCAUCUCCACCUCGGCUGCAGGCGUUUUGACGAGUGCUGGUUCCGCCGUACUGGCGCUCUCCUGGCUCCUUUCCCAAACUGCUCAAGAGUUCCUGGCCUCCUGUAUCUUUGUCCUCGUCAAGCAUCCAUUCGAUGUCGGAGAUCGGGUCACAAUUUAUGGCAACACUGGCACACUAGGAAAAGGUGAUGACUAUUUCGUCAAAGAAAUCUCCUUACUGUAUACCGAGUUUAAGAAGCUAGAGGGUCAGAUCGUGCAAGCUCCGAACAGCUACUUGAACACCCUGUUUAUCUUAAACAUGCGUCGAUCUGGUGGGUUAGCUGAAGCGGUGACUCUGACAGUCAAGUUUGGCACAACCAUUGAUCAGAUUGACGAAUUGAGGUCAAGACUUCUUGAGUACGUCAAGAGCGAGAAGCGCGAGUAUCAGCCAAACAUUUUGACGGAGAUUCGAGAAGUCGUUGAAGUUCAUGAAGUCAACCUCAACGUCAUCUUCUUUUACAAAUCUAACUGGCAAAAUGAGCUACUUCGUCUACAACGCCGGAACAAGUUCAUUUGUGCCAUGAUGAUCUGUAUGCAAGAAAUUGGCAUCGAAGGCCCUCGUCGUCGUAUUCCUGGCGCGAAGGACGACACUCCGUUCUACUACACUCACUCGGGAGGCCACAGUACAGACUUUCCAUCUACUGCUAGUGGCAAUGGCAGAGGGAACAUGAGCAUGGAAGCUGGAUCUGGUCCAUUUUCACCCUCCAGAUCUCAAGAAACAGGUUCUAUACAAGACUCUGGUAACAGCAUCAAUCGAAAUCGAUCCAUCAUGCGUCCUCAGGGAGCUGGACGUAGGCGUGAUGAGUCCGUUUCGGCAAUGGGCAAGCGAGUUGACUUUUCUCUCGGCAUGAAAGAUGUAAGCUCAGCUGAUCUUAUGGAUGACUUCAGCGAGAACAUCCAACCCAAACUUCCCAAUAUGCGAAGAAGCUCCGCUUCGCGAGCCCGUGAUGCACGUGAUCGUAUAAUCGAGGAAGAUGACGCUCAGCGGACGCGCCAAUCUAAGGAAGGCGGCCGCUUUUCCAUUGAUCGCUCGACUUCUCGUGCGAGCGGGAGUCGCUCACGAUUUGGCGUCAGGCGUGCCGAGACUGCAGGCUCUACAGCCUCCCAUGGCCAUCGUAAUCGCUUUUUCUCUCGCUCUAAGCAACGUGGUGACAACCAUGAUGAGGAAGAAGGCUUCAUACAGCAACCUAUGGCCGAUAUCCCAGAACUACCCCGUUCAGCAGCCACGAGGACUGACGCUCGCAUGGUUAGCCCAUUGGCAAUUCGACCGAGUAACGACACUGGCUUUUCUAGCCUACAACUAAGCGGUGGACCCGUGCAGCCUACAAGUAGCAAUGGCGGAGGAGGUGCAGGACCAGCAGCAUUCAAUGAUAGAAUGCAUCUAACACAUCCCGCGGAGCGCGAUAUUCAUGCCCAGGAUUUCGAAAUGAGAAGACUCACAUAG